GGCGGCGGCGGCGGCGGCGGAUGCGUCCGGCGCACCUGAGGCGGCCGAGCGGACGGACCUCGGGAUGAAUGACUGAUUCGUAGUCGGAGAGCUGCAGAGGCUGGAAGGCAGGCGGUUCUGGGAUCCAGCCGGGGCCGAACGCACACCUUCCACCUUCGCCUACCGCCAAAGAAGAGAGGUCUUUCAAAAUUUCUCCGUAAGAACGGUGUCAUGCUAGGAUCCUGUGGCUUUCUGUGGGGAGCCCAUGCUGACAGAAAUGUUACUCUUGUGGGAAUCUUCCAUAAUCAACUGUGGCUAUCACCUCGCUCACGCUCAGCCUGGGUGGGUCGGGAACAGGCCACUUACCCUCCCAGAUGAGGAAACUGAGACCCAAAGAAGUUAGGCCACUUGGUUGAGGUCCCAGAGCAGAUCAGAACCAGAUCUAGGAUCAGAAACCUGGCUCCUGGCUCUCUUCUGAGGAUCACUUUUCUGACAGACAAGAAUUUCUCUUGCCUAACAUGGAGUCAAGUAAAAAGAUGGACUCCGCUGGGGCACUGCAACCCAACCCUCCACUUAAGCUGCAGCCUGACCGCAGUGCCGGGUCAGUGAUCAUCCCUGAGCAGGGAGGCUACAAGGAGAAGUUUGUGAAGACAGUGGAGGACAAGUACAAGUGCGAGAAGUGCCGCCUGGUGCUGUGCAACCCGAAGCAGACCGAGUGUGGGCACCGGUUCUGUGAGAGCUGCAUGGCUGCCCUGUUGAGCUCCUCGAGUCCAAAAUGUACAGCGUGUCAAGAAAGCAUCAUCAAAGACAAGGUGUUCAAGGAUAAUUGCUGCAAGAGAGAGAUUCUGGCUCUUCAGAUCUUCUGUCGGAAUGAAAGCAGAGGUUGUGCAGAGCAGUUAACACUGGGACAUCUGCUGAUGCACCUAAAAAAUGAAUGCCAGUUUGAGGAGCUUCCCUGUGUGCGUGCUGACUGCAAAGAAAGAGUAUUGAGAAAAGACCUACGGGAUCACGUGGAAAAGGCCUGCAAAUAUCGUGAGGCCACGUGCAAUCACUGCAAGAGCCAAGUGCCCAUGAUCACUCUGCAGAAACAUGAAGACACCGAGUGUCCCUGUGUAAUAGUGUCCUGUCCACACAAGUGCAGUGUCCAGACUCUGCUGAGGAGUGAGUUGAGUGCACACUUGUCAGAGUGUGUCAAUGCCCCCAGCACCUGUAGUUUUAAGCGCUAUGGCUGCAUUUUUCAGGGCACAAACCAGCAGAUCAAGGCACACGAGGCCAGCUCCGCCGUGCAGCACGUCAACCUGCUGAAGGAGUGGAGCAACUCCCUGGAGAAGAAGGUUUCCUUGUUGCAGAAUGAAAGUGUUGAAAAAAACAAGAGCAUACAAAGUUUGCACAACCAGAUAUGUAGCUUUGAAAUUGAAAUUGAGAGACAAAAGGAAAUGCUUCGAAACAAUGAAUCCAAAAUUCUUCAUUUGCAGCGCGUGAUAGACAGCCAAGCAGAGAAACUGAAAGAGCUGGACAAGGAGAUCCGCCCCUUCCGCCAGAACUGGGAGGAGGCCGACAGCAUGAAGAGCAGCGUGGAGUCCCUCCAGAACCGCGUCACCGAGCUGGAAAGCGUGGACAAAAGCGCUGGGCAGGCAGUUCGCAACACAGGCUUGCUGGAGUCCCAACUGAGCCGGCAUGACCAGAUGCUGAGCGUUCACGACAUCCGCCUGGCGGAUAUGGACCUGCGGUUCCAGGUCCUCGAGACUGCCAGCUACAAUGGUGUGCUGAUAUGGAAGAUCCGGGAUUAUAAGCGCCGGAAGCAGGAGGCCGUCAUGGGGAAGACCCUGUCUCUCUACAGCCAGCCUUUCUACACUGGCUAUUUUGGCUAUAAGAUGUGCGCCAGGGUCUACCUGAACGGUGACGGGAUGGGAAAGGGGACGCACUUAUCACUGUUUUUUGUCAUUAUGCGUGGAGAGUAUGAUGCCUUGCUGCCAUGGCCAUUUAAGCAGAAAGUGACGCUCAUGUUGAUGGAUCAGGGCUCUUCUCGUCGACAUCUGGGAGACGCAUUCAAGCCUGACCCCAACAGCAGUAGCUUUAAGAAACCCACCGGAGAGAUGAAUAUCGCCUCCGGCUGCCCAGUCUUUGUGGCCCAAACUGUUCUAGAAAAUGGGACGUAUAUUAAAGAUGAUACAAUUUUUAUUAAAGUCAUAGUGGAUACUUCGGAUCUGCCUGACCCCUGACGAAUAACAGGGGCGGUGGAUUUAGCAGAAGGUAACUCCUCUGGGGGGUUUGAGCCGGUCUGUCUUCACUGAGGUCCUCAUGCUCAGAAAAGGACCUUGUGGAACGGAGGAAGCAGCAGGAGGCAGACGCGUGGCCAGAGGGAGGAGCCACACGUGAAACAGACCCCAACAUGUUUUCUGAUAGACUAGACACACUUUACUCUGAAGAAUUAUUUAUCCUUCAACGAGAUAAAUAUUGCUGCCAGAGAAGGUUUUCAUUCUCAUCUUUAAAGAUCUAGUUAAGUAAGGUGGAAAACAUAUAUGCUAAACAAAAGAAAUGUGACUUUUCUUCCUUAAACUUGAACACCAAAAAAGAAAACAAAACACCCGUGGGGAUAGCUGGACACAUCAGCAUGUUAAGUAAAAGGAGAAUUUAUGAAAUAAUAAUGCAAUUCUGAUAUAUUCAUUCUAAAAUUCAAGAGUGCAAUCUUGUUUCAAAUAUAGUAUAUUGUCUAUUUUUAAGGCCUCAUCUGGUCUCUGUUUUAAUAAUUUGUUUGUCAAAAGACCCUGAAGUAGACCUAGGUCUUUUUUUUGAAAGUCUCUAAAUUCAGAAAUCAUUUUUUAAUUUAAAGUUCUACAAAUAAUUGUUAUUGCAAACAUUUUAUUUUAAAACGUUGAGAGACUGAUAUUUCUUGGAAGAAAAUGUAAAAUAUCAAACACUGGUUAUCACUUGUGAUAGGAAAGAGAAUAUUCAACCUGCUGUUAUUUCUCGUUAGAAAUGUAAACUUCAAUAUCGUCGUAGUUAAUGACACUACUUCAAAAUUAUUACGAAAGGAACAUUGCUCAUGGAUGCUGUGCAUCAUCUCUGACUUAACACUUGUUUUCACCCUAAAAUAGGGCAUUAGUUGAACUUUGGAGUUCUAAACAAAAUCCUGUAGGUUUUUAAAAUUCUGCCCCAUGUUCAGACAAGCUCUCUGUUGCUGACAGCACCAACCUCGGUCUCCAGAGUCCAGUGUCCGGGGAUGGGCAGGUGGCUUUCUCAUUCUGUCAUACUGCUGCAUUUGGUUAGCGACCUCCGAGAGCAACAUCUUUUCUUAGCGAUGGUGGCAUACGGUACAUGUGCCUUAGAUGUGACAUGCUGCUUCUUGUCCCUGAGUUUGCAUUCAUCAUGAUUCUAGAAAGUGAUAGUUUAACCAGACUUCUCUCUCCACCGCCAGAUCUGUGUCUCUACAAGGGCCCGCAGACAACUCCGUGCCUGCCGGGGGAAGCCAGGCUCUGCGGCCACUGGAGCCUCUGCCACUUGUAUUCAGUACUUGCAGAUUCCAACUCUAGGCCUGGAAGUGCGGCUUGGCCCCACCCCAAGGGAGGCAGGUGUGGAACAGAAGCCACGCCCCUCGAUGUCCCCACUGGGCCCUGAGUGCCCACACAGCAUGAAGGAGAACCCCCUGAGCAUUCCAGAAACCACUGCUCUGGGGACGUGCCCAGGCUGGCUGACGGCAGCCUUGACUUCCCCCUGGCAGGAUGUCCCAGCCUGUGCUUGCCCAGAUGGCACUCUCAGCUCACUGUUUACGUCUCUCUGGAUGGUCCAACUGUGAUUAGAAGCCUGGAGCCCUGCCCCGGUGCCCCUUUUGCUAUGCACCACGCUUCAUGGUGCUCUUACACUGAUGGGUGCUACACGUGACGGGUGCUUCUUAGGCAAAACCAAUGUGCAAACCACCACAUCUGUGCCACUCGCCCAAAAGGCGCGCCCACAAUUGGCCAGCUGGGCCGCGCACGUCAGACUGCCUGCCUCUGGGCUCUCCCCAUAGUUGCACGGGGACAGCUGGGUUGGUGCCCGGUGGCCCACCUUGUCUUUGGUGCUGCCGUCUGUCCUGGGUGUGCCUUCGCCCCAGUGCCUGCUGGAAGUGCCCUCCUGUCGCACACCCACCCUCGCUUCCAUGAGUGAGCCCUGCCCUGCCCUUCCAUGCCGAGACUUGGCUUUUCACCUUCCUCCACUCUCCUGGAGUCAGUCAGUGGCUUUGGUUCUGCCCUGUGGUGGGGGGGGAGGGGAGGCAGUUAUCUCUGCUCAUAAGCAGGAGCCGCUGCCAGGCCCACCAUCCCCUGGGAGGUGUCCCCACCAUCCUCCAGGUCUGUUCCCAAGGGCUCUGCUCCAGAGGGCUGCCUGGCAGUCCUCACUGGCUCGGGGGGCUUCCCACAGCCAGGGGUCAACAAGGGUAUUCCCACCGCUCCCCGUCAGAACUGUCCCAGCAGGUGUGGUCUGGUAAAGGGCUUCUCGCCUUAGGUUUCAGUCCUGGUUUGGGUGUCGCCCGGGUGUCCCUCCCUGUUGUUGGGACUUUUCCAAGGCCCCUUUCCUGUGCGAUGCGGUUUCCCCACAGGUGCCCACAGAAUGACCUGAUUAACUGUUGUCCUCUGGAGUGAGGGGCUAUCCUGUCGCAGCUGCCUGUCUUAUGUCUGUCUUGUUUCUUGGUAGCAGUGGAAAAGUGGAGAGACCCAUGUCUUUGUGCUCUGUCCCUUGUAUUUAAAACAUGUGCUGGGCCUGUCUCUGGGGGAUUUGGAGAGUCAUGCUCUGUGUGGGCAUGCCUUGCAUUGCUGCAUCCCAGCGCUCCUUGGUGCCCCUUUGGUGCUUGACACCUGAGCCAGCCUUGGGCCUUCUCAGUGUGGCUGAGGCCUGGCUGGCCACUUUGCAGGGUCUUGGCCACAAGCAAGUGGUAAUCAUGCACUGUGUAUAUGUGGCUGUGCAAAAGUGGCAAAGUUCUCAGCAGGGCAGAACUGCCUGCCCUUUCAAGAAGCCUUGGCUGAGUUUGUUACAUGGCCUCCUUAAGGGAGUUCAACACAGUGUCCUGCUCCUGCUUGCCUUGUUCAGUGUCCACAUUCAUUCUGGCUCCUUCCGCCUCAGGAACACGGGCCACUGGACAGACAGCAUGUCCUGGAGGCCUAGCCUUGGUCCUUGUGAGUAGUUGUGGUUAGAGUUGUGAACAGUAUGGGACCAGGCUGGAAGUGAAGGCCUUCCCCAGCAAGGUUAAGUGGUUAGGGAGAGGAAGGUGGCCUGGGGCCCCUGGAUGGAGAAUAGACGAGUCAGCCUAGGCUGGGCCAUGCACUGUGCCAGCCUGUGGGUAAGGCAGAGGAGGUCAAAGAGAAUACAUGUGAUGUGUCAUGAGGCCUAUGAAGGACAGCAGCGCCCUACCCCAGCCUGCUGGAGCCGACAAUCUGCUGAACCCAAGCUCAGUGGUCAAGGAGGCAGGAGGGGGGUAGGGGUGGCACGGGGAAGUCAGGAGAGCCCACGUUUCAGCUCAGAUCUCUGACCCCUUCCCAGAGCAGCUUCUCCUUCAUGGAAUCACCCCAUGUUCCACUGACAGUACAAAGCUGAGUGGAGACAUUUCCUCAAGUGGCAUCUUCCUGCCCUCCCUCCUUUCUCUGUCCUGUCCCUACCAACUCCUGAGCCAGGACACUAGGGAGCUAUGGCAAGAAGCACUAUGUCUGCUCUCUGGUUAGCCUCAGCGGGGCCUGUCGACCCACCACCUCCCCACGGUCCUCUUGUGUUCCUUCUCUGACCAUCUGUAGCUGGCCUUAGUGAGGAGGACCUGAACAUAGGCACAAUUUCAUGGUGAUAGCCAGUCACCUCCCCAGACCACCCUAGUCUGCCCCAGGGUCCAUGGUCAGCUGAGGUUGGGGCUACAUGCCUGUCAUCUUGAACCUGUCAUUACUGACAUCCUGUUCUUUCAACAGUGUGUGGUGGCAGCUGCCUAUGGCAGGCCUGGCCACUGGUAGGCAACACUCAACAAAAGGAAGUGUCAGGGCAGGCCCAGCAGCAGGGUCCUGGUGAGCCAUUCCUCCCAAGAGACCAGGAGCACUGGCUCCAGCAACAAGACCCACCUCCCCUGCACACUGACAAGAGGUGUGGGGACUGUCAUGCUUAUCCAAGACCUUUCCAGCCCAGCAGGGCAGCAGUGCCACUGUUUCUGGGUCACUACAGGGUGGGUCAGCAGCCCAGGCCCCUUGCCCAGUCCCUACCUUUCUGAAAUUGCUCUGCUUGAGACACUGGAAAAGGGCUAAAUGGAACGUAAGGUACUAUUUUACUUUGAGUCCAGGUCUUUACUGACCACAUUGCAGGAGAGCUGGGGGGGAGUUCUGGGUGUGCCUUUGCAUCUUGACUGUGUAACCAGUGAGAGUCUGUCCCCAAACCUACUGCUCAGCCCAAGAUCAUGAUUCUGUCUUCCAUUUACAAAUCUCCAUUGCUGUUUUCUCCAAAGUAGAAUGUGCCCACAAGGGUCCGGAUCAGGGACGGUCAGAGUCAGCAAGUGACCUGGUCGUUACUGUCCCAUCCUGGCUGGUGCUGGUUGUCAUGGGCACCGUGGCAUCAGGAAGCCAGGUCAGUAGGGACAGUGAGGCAAGGCCAGCGCCCUGUCCCAAAGGCCUAGAAACAAUGCAGGCCAUUGUCCACUUGUGGCCCUGUGGUUGAGCAGGUUCCAGUGGCCAAGCAGAGCGCGCACCGCAUCUCCCCUUCUGCACCAUGUCUGGAGUCUUUCUUGUGAGCUUGCUAUGAAAAGGAGACUACAAGUCCAUGGUCGCUGUGCCACUCCAAAACCAGUGGUGACUCGCUCAUACCCUAGUCCCCUUAGAUAAGUAAGAUAACCUUCAACAGCAAAUUAAAUGACUUAAUUGGAAACACAAAAGCUGGCCUUACUUGAGGAUUUUCAUAAGAAAUAUCUGUAGGCGCACUGUGGUUAAAGAAGCUGGGGGUCUAUAUAGACAACUGUGGACUGUUUCUAGAACUAUUUUCUCUGAUGGUACACCUCUUGUGUUCAGUUCUGUUACCCAAAAACAAAGACCAAAGAAGGCCAAUCUCUCAUUUGACUGUCCUUUUAAUCUGCCUGUUUAAAACUUGCCGUCUGUAGUAACUGCUCGCCGUGAGGACCCAUCUUGACAGUCCAAGUGAUUGUGACCAGUGAUCCACGCCCGUGCUCCUCUCUCUUCUAAGAAAACAAAGGUAGUGUGAGUUAUUGCUCUGCAAUAAUCUGGUACUAGGAGUUAGCAACAUGUCCAAUUUCCUGAUAGCAUUAUUAUGUUUCAUAUUUUGUUUACUGUAUAUUGUGUGUGGUUUUAUUUGGUAUUUAUUUGUGUUUUGAGGUCUUGCAAUGUUUUUGUUUUCGCUGCUAAUAACUAAAGUUUGUAAGACUGUAGAAUGCAAAAUUUUGCAAUGCUCAACUGUCUAUUAGAGGAAAAUAAAGCUGAUUAAGAGUCCUGCUUCUUA